AUGAGGAGGGUGCAGGCGGGAAGAUGCAGGCAGAGGGAUGAGGAAGGGCACAGACACAGCUCUCUGCCCUCUCUCCCGCAGACGGUGUGUGCUGGCGGUCACGUCGCCAAGACCUUGGGGUACCUGGAGAUGGGCACCUCCGGCCUCCUCAAGGAUGUCCCCUACGGCACCCUGAAGCCCCCGGUGCUCGACCCCGGGCGGCUCAUUCCGGCAGAGCCGCCCCGGGGCGCGGGGACACCGGCGGGCACCGGACGGAGCCCCUGGGACUGGCAGAAGAACCAGACGGCCGGGGAGCUGCUGAGCCCCCGCGCCCACCGCAAGCCCAUCCUCAAAUCGAGCCGCACCAAGAAGAUUUUUGGUUGGGGCGACUUCUACUUCAACAUCAAAACGCUCAAGUUCAGCCUCCUGGUGACGGGGAAAAUCGUCGAUCACAUCAACGGCACCUUCAGCGUUUACUUCCGACACAAUUCCUCCAGCCUGGGCAACGUCUCGGUCAGCAUCGUGCCCCCCUCCAAGGCGGUGGGUUUCGAGGUGUUGGUCCCCGGCCCCCCAGCACUGCCGCGACCACCGCCCCCUCCCCAGCAGAGCACCCUCCCCGAGGGGCGCCCGGCCAAGGCGCUCAAUUGCCACGUGGAGUACGAGAAGACGAACCGGGCUCGGAAGAACAAACCGUGCCUGUACGACCCGUCCAAGGUGUGCUUCACCGAGCACACGCAGAGCCACGCGGCCUGGCUCUGCGCCAAGCCCUUCAAGGUCAUCUGCAUCUUCAUCUCCUUCCUCAGCAUCGACUACAAGCUGGUGCAGAAGGUCUGUCCCGACUACAACUUCCAGCACGACAAUCCCUACUUCGGCUGAUGGCAGCGGAGCAGGGGAUGGGUGGGGGAACGGGGGGGUUGCAGCACCCCGUUGUCACUUGGGGGCUUCUGUCACCCCCACACCGGCUCCCUCUUCAUCACUGGAGCAUCUCCGUGCUGGGUUGGGGGACAGCCGGUGCUGGGGGUCCUGGACCCCACCCAAUGACAUCCCAUCCCUGCAGCAUCCCUGUGCCACAGUGGGGUACACCCAGUUCUGGGGGUCCCACCCACUCACUGAGACCCCAUCACUGAGUACCCCAUAGUGGGGCAGAGCCCGUGCUGGGGGUCCCAGUUCCCCCCUAGUGACAUCCCAUCACUGGGGCAGAGCCAGUGCUGGGGGUCCUGAGACCCAUCACUGGGGUACACCCAUUCCUGGGGGUCCCCUCACCCACUGAGACCCCAUCACUGCAGCCCCCCAUUCUGGGGUACACCCGUUCCUGGGGGUCCCCUCACCCACU